AUGUACGAAGAAGCGGGCUAUGCCGUUGUGCAGCGGUACAGCCGAUGGCAGAAGAAGAAGGUGCGCACUAUCAUCGUCAACGCCCAUGCCAAGAUCGUGUCGGGGAAGUCCAUUGCUGGUGCCAUCGCUCUUGCAAAGCCGUUUGAUCGCAUCGAGCUGACCGGUGGGGAGUACCAUGAGUCCGUGGCUGUGCAGAUGCCGCUGGAACUGGUCGCCUCGGAGGGCGAGGAUCCGCACAUCUUCUCUCGUUUAUCCACCAUCACGAUCGCGACGAGUGGCAUCGAGGUCUACAUGGAGCGCAUUAUCGUCUCCUCUCGCAGUGGCAGCAAACUUGACGCCGCCGUUGUCGCCGUCGCAGGCAACCCGAUUCUCUUCCGCUGCCACUGCAGCUCCCUAGUCAUCGGCGGCAACGCCGUAGCCCACGUCGACGAGUGCACUGUCAAGGAAAGUGACAGCGGCGUCGGCAUCGUUGUGCACGAGAGUGGUGGCGGUAUCAUCAAAUCCUCCACGAUCCGCAAUCACCGCAACGUGUGUUUCGACAUUGACACGCGCGGCGAGUUAGCGGUGACGGGGUGCACGAUUGACAAUAACACCGGUGGCGAUGCCAUGAGCAUCUCCGGCGCCGUCAGCUCUAUCACUCGUGACUCCGGCUCCUCGUCCACGUCGUGCAGCCAAGUCGAGGUGACGCACUGCCACUUUUCCAUCUCCCACGACGCCAGCAGCGGUGCGUCUGGCGUGGUUUCCAUGAGUUCUGUAGGGAGUGCCUGUGGCAUCAUCCUCGCCCAAGGAGCCGCGCCGACCAUCGCCUCGAACGAGUUCAUUGAGGGCGAGAUUGGCGUGCUGAUAGAAGGCCCUGGCACGGCGCAGCUCAAAGGGAACGUGAUCCGCUGCCAACGGCGCUGCGGCAUCUUGACUCUUGUGGGGGAGAGUUCUGGCUACGCCCCCAACCAUCAGACGCUGCGUAUCACGGGUGACAACGUCAUAGACCGCUGCCGCGUGGGCAUCGAUGCACAGUGCGCCAUCAGCCGUGCCUCCUAUAUCCAGCAGCAGAAUUCCGCCACCUCCAUGACAGGAGCCGGAUCUGGCGUUCGUGCCCCCGCCGAAGCCGACCUUAACGUCGGCGCCAUCGGCGGCAACAGGAGCGAGCCGGAUCGUUUCUUGUCUGACGAACUGCCAAACCCGAAGCGGGCCUUUGCGUGGGCACCGGUGCAAGGCAGCACAUCGUCGCCAUCCUCGUGUGACGCGUCCUGCUUCCUGCCCUCCACCUCGCCAACGACCCCACUUGUGUGCAUUGAGAGCAAGUGGUGCUCGCUGGACAAGCUCAGGGCCAAUCUCCAGCAGCUCGUGACCAUGACACUGCAGGCCAACCCUACAUGUCUGCAGCCGGCUUUCGAGAUUUGCACCAGCACUGCCUCGAUCGUGAAUGAGGGGCUCGACGCCACCUCUGCGAACCCGUUCGCCGCCAUCUUGAACAACAUGCUGGGCACCCAACUCAGCCACCGAACGGACACCCCAGCAUCGCAGCGCGAAGUGCUGCGGCUGCGCGGGAACAAGGGCAUCGACAUCGUCAACACAAAGUUCUCCAACUGCGAUAUCUGCGCCAUUCGCUUCGGCCGCCAAGGGUACGGAGUGGUUGAGGACUGCGUGUUUGAGGAUUGUGGUGCAUACGCGAUUGUCGUGGACUGCGCAGCGCACCCACUCAUCACCGGCUGCCGCUUCCUGCGCUCUCGCGGGGCCAGCAUCCUGGUGACCAACUUCGCGAAUCCGCUCAUCAUCGGCAACGAGGUGGUGAGCGGUAAGCGAGACGGCAUUCAGCUCGCCAGCAUGAGCCGCGGUCUGAUUAUCGGCAACAUCAUCGCCACGCACGUUGGAGCUGGCAUCCGCGUUGACAAAUACAGCCAGCCCCUCAUCUGCGCCAACGCCAUCUCGCAAAACCGCCACGGCGGCAUCGCUGUCGCGGAAGGUAGCAAGCCAACGAUCCUGCUCAACAAACUCUCAGCGAACCUGUACGCACAGGUGAACUGCACCGAAGGCGCCGACGCCUUCAUCUCGCAUAACCACAUCACCGCCUCCGCAGACGCCGGCAUCCGCAUCGACUCGUGCAGCCGCUGCACUGUCUUUUCCAACACCAUCAGCUUCAACGGCGACGGCAUCCUCGUCAAACUGGACGCCGACCCUUACGUGCAGGACAAUGACAUCACAGACAACACGCGUGCAGGAGUGCGCGCGUGCAACAACGCGCUCGGCGUUUUCGUGGGGAACCGUAUCCGCAAAAAUACGGGGCCGAACGUGCUCUUGACGGAGGGCGCCUCCUCGGUGUUUCGCGCUAAUCGCAUCGAGGAUAGCUCACAGGGAGGCGUGGUCGUGUGCAACGAGGGGCACGGCUUCUUCGAGCGCAACACCAUCGCGACGAACGCGAUCGCUAAUGUGCUAGUGGCGGGUGCGUACUCUGAGCCGGAGUUUCUGCGCAACGUCAUCUCAAGCUCGCGCUCUGGCUGCGGCAUAGUUUGCGGGCGCAGCGCCGGUGGCAGCUUCCUGCGCAACAGCAUUCACGGAAACUACCAGUGCGGUGUGUUCAUCCUGGAGGGGUCGAAUCCGACGUUUCGGGCCAACAAUAUCGCACGCGAGGCUGUCGGCGUACUCGUGUCGGACGGCGGCAAGGGAUCGUUCACACAGAAUGUCAUCGAGGACUGCUACGGCAGCGGCGUGCUGGCACAGCGGCAGGCGGACCCGGUCUUUUCACAGAACAGGGUGACGGGCUCUCAGAUGAGCGGGCUGCAUAUCGCCCCGGACAGCGUCGGACUGUUUGAGCGGAAUGAAGUGACGCGGAACGACAUUGGGGUGCAGUUCGGCUCAUCGAUGGACUCCGCAGUCAUUCAGAUCCACUCCGCGUAUCUUGCUGACGCCGACACGAGCAACAAGGACUUGUCAGCGUCGUUGCAGCGCAGGGCAUCACGUACAGCGCAGCAUCGCUCUAACGUGUUCGCGACCAAUACGGAUGCGAGUGUGCUGCACAGCAUUGCGAGCGCGUCGCUGCAGCGGAGUGCGACCGUGGUUCGGCUGCCGACAAGCGUCGUUCGCGGCAACAUCAUCACCGCCAACCUACGAGGUGGUGUUUUGUUGGAUGCCUUUCCUAACGGCACGUUGGAGCAGAACGAUAUCUUCCAGAACAACGCGUACGGCGUCCGUGGCGACGUCACGUACGGUGCAGCGCGUGCACUGGCGAUGUUGACGACCACGCUUGGUGUCACAGACCGCAGCUCUGUUAUACGGCCGCCAUCCUUGCAGCAGCAGCAGCAGUCUUCCUUUGAACAGCUGCAAACAUUAAUGCUGAUUCGCGCAAACAAUAUCUACGGCCACGACGAGGCGAACAUCUUCCUUGAUCACUUCGACGGCGAUAAGCACGAGACGACCAUCACCGAGAACACCAUCCACGGGGCCCCGUACGGCGUGUGCGUGGCGAACAACUCCACGGUUCACUCGAUGAGCAAGAACGAGGUUCACACAUGCAUGGACGGUUUCGCCUUUGCGAGCGGCGGCCACGGCUGCUACACGGCGAACCACAUCCGCGACUGCACCUACUCGGGUGUCUACAUCUCUGACAGGGCCUACCCUGACUUCACAGACGCCAACCGUAUCGAGAAUUGCGGUUUCAGCGGUGUCCUGGUAGAUGUGAAUGGUCAAGGCGUGUUUCUCAACAACACUAUCUGUCACUGCGCCACGGGCGUCGUCGUAUUCUGCGGCCCCACCACUCCGUUUCACGUGUCCUAUGAGGAGGUGAUUCAUGCGCGCAUCCUCUCCUCCGCGCCGACGUUCACGGCAAACACAAUCGAAGAAAAUGAGCUUCAUGGCGUGCUGCUGCUCAGCGUCAUUUCGGGAUGUCCGCUGCGCUCGCCUCUCCUCCUGUCCUGCAGCGGCGCUGGCGGGAAGUCUGCCGGAGUUCCGCCGGCAGACAGCUCAACUGACGAGCCGCUGCACGACGCGCCCGUGCCCUACUCCUGUGCGGUCGGCGGGAUCGCUACCGCCCGAGGCAAUCGACUCUGCGCCACCUUCGAAAAAAAUAUUAUUCGACGCAAUCGCAUGAUGGGUGUUUACCAUGACCGCUUUGAGCACUGGGACCUCUCGGCGCUUGAGAAGACACACGCGGAGACGAAGCCGUCCGCCGGCAACCCAGUGAAGAACGCGCACGGCGGGUACGAGGUUCUGCUUGGCACGUCGCAAAUCCUCGACAACGACGAGCACCAACGACAGCGUCAGCUGAAGCAGGUGAGUCUUAUCGAGAACAUCGUCACAGAGUGCAGCGUCGGCGUCGGUGCCGGGUACGGAUGCCAUCCGUACCUUCAGCGCAACAAGAUCCAUCACAACACUUUCUUUGGCCUCCUCCUCCGCUUCGGUUCAGCUGUCUCGGCUUACGCGAACGACAUCUGCGACAACGGCCUGGCUGGCGUGUACGCGGCAAUCGGGGCGAAGGGGUACAUUGCGAAAGGCAUCAUCGAGUCGAACAACGGCUGGUGCCGGCCGGAGGCGAGCCCGCACAUGCCGCGGAGCUUCGACGACUGCACCUUUUCAAAGUCGUUUUUCACGCAGGCGAUAGUGGGCACUAUGGAGGAGAAGGUGCGCGCCACCGCCGUCACGGCAGGUAGGACACUUCGCGCGUGCUGCCGCGCGUACGAGCAGAUGAGUCGCCUUGCCGAGGUCCACGUCUUCACCAUGACGGACGCCCUCCGCUACCUUGCCGAGCUCGUCGCAGCCUCUUCGGGCGGCUUGACGCUCGCCAGCGGCUGUGCGCCGUCGGCGCUCUUUGAAGGGGUCGAAGAUGCCUCGUCUAGCGUGAAGGGCACGGCAGCGUUGGGUAGGCGGUGGCUCGGUGGUGUGGCGUUGGCCGACUACGCGGACGUAUCCACGGCCGACGGCGGCAUCGGGGUGUGGGUGCAGGCAGGAAGUCGGGUGACGAUUCAGGGCAACCGAAUCGGCAAGCACCAGAACAGCGGUGUGUUGAUUACAAAAGGCGUACUGCAGCACCACUCGGUCCUGCACAAAUCAUUCAACAUGGAGGAAGGCAGGAAAGGGAACAAGAAACUCGAGAUGGUGGCCUCCCUACCUGGCCGUGCAAAGUCGAUGAGGACGACGGCGAGCAGCACGACGGUGGACAUCUUUGCCGGGCAACGUGAAGCACCGCCUCUUGCCUGCGUGGAGCCCGGUGCCCUCUUCACGACACAGAUGCUCUACGCGACGGGAAUUUUGGCGGCCGUGCAGGUUGCCGCAUCCACUACCUUCGAGAGCCUCGACGCCGAAUUUGCGUCCUUCUUGCACCACAGCCUCUCCCUUUCCUCGUUGAAUGGACUCGAGGCCGAAGAGAAGAGGCAGCGCGUGGACUCUCUCCACCACGUCCACAUCGCAGACAACGUCAUUAGCAGCAACCGGGACGGGGUGCACGUCGAGGUGUUCCACUGCUUACAGGCAUGCACCACACCCAGCGCAGCCGCGGCUGCUGCGGCGUCAGUCAGCCGCAUCAAGCCGCGCUCCGGUGCUGGGGCAAACAGCAUGAGUGAUCUCACGCCGCACGCUCCCACAGAGGCACACGCGCUACCGCGGUUUCAGCGCGCAAGCUCGCCAAAGCUCUCUGUGGCGGCGACGAGCGCCCUCGGCGCCUCGUCGCAUGACAUUGACGUGAUGGAGUGCGCCUACAGUGCCUCCGACUUCACGAUCGUGGUGGAGGGCAACACCGUGACGCAGAAUCGUCGCUACGGUGUGUACGCGGUGCACGUGGCGAACGUGCACUGCGAGCGCUGGCUCUCGGGGCGUGGCGCGCUGAACGAGACCAUCGCAGCUCAGUACGACAGUAUUCGCUCCAAGCUGGUCCUGGGGAAGGAACCGACGCGAGUGAGUGUGACGCUGCCGUUUGAGUUGCAUGCACUCCAGCAAAAGGUAGGCCACGCCCUGUUCCGGAAGAAUGACCUCUUCCGCAACCAGGACAUGCAAGUCUACGUGACGUCACGGUACGUUGCCCUGACGCAAGACGGCGACCGAACGCUGCUGCAGCUGGACACGACGACCCCCCUGUCGGGGUCCAACUACGCCUCGCAGGUGCUCGUCGGGGUCCCUGUGAUGGCAAGUCUACUCCAGCUGCCGCCGCCGGGGUUGCUGCUAUGGGAUGAGAACAAGGUGCGCGACGCGAAGAGCGGGGUGCUGCUUUGCGGCCACCUCGGACCGCACAGCGUCCGCUUUCAACGCAACACCUUCGCGAACAUCGCCAGCGACGCCCUCUGUGUGCAGGGACAUCUGGCGUGUGCGACAGUGGGGAAGGGGAACGUCUUUGAGCGCAAUGGUGUCGGACUCCGCCUGGCGCAGCAGCAACGGAUUCGCCUCGUGACGUCUCCGGCAACGGCGCUGGGCCACCUGCGAACGCGCGUGUUUCAUAACACGUUCAGAGAAGCCAAGGACUCGUCGAUUUUGCUGGAGUGCGUCGGUGAGGAGGCGCCGCUGGUGUACCAAAACGAGUUCAGUGGGCAAACCGCGGGCACGGUGGCGCUGUACUUGCAAAGUGAAAGGGCCGGCGGAGCGGCGGUGGUGCAGGGCAACGUCUUUUCAGAGAACUACAUCCCCGUCUUUCUGGUUGGUGGAAGCGAGUCUGGGCUAGAGAGCCGGCUCCAUGCCUCCCCUGUCACCCUCGUCGAGAACCGGUUCACAUGCAACUACGUCGGCGCCAUCGUCUGCAACGGCGCUGCCCCGAUACUCGAGCGAAACCUCUUCGAAAAAAACGCCCGGGCUGGCCUGGAGGUGGUGGGGAGCGGCACCCGACCGCAGCUACGCCACUGCAUUUUCCGCGAGCACAGGCGGAACGGCGACGGAGGGAAGUUGACGAUGCCCUACCCAACUCACGGGAUGCUCCAGCUCGAGUGCCGCAACUUCUCCUUGAAGCUGUUGCCCGAGAACGCCCGCGUGCUCACUGCCACGAGUCAGGCACGGCUACCGGCUGGCUUGCUCAUCGGACCCUUGACCGAGCCGGUGGUGGACGCGUGCGGAUUCUUCAAUAACGACACCGGUGUGGACGCCGUGCGGGAUGCUGCGAGUCCGGCUAUUGCGUUGGCAGGACCGAAGGCGCACUUCAAAGGAUGCCUGUUUACGCAGCACCAGGUCUGCGGUGUGCUGGUGCGCGGUUUCCACGGCGCAGCCGACGGCAGCGGAGGCGGAGGCAGGGGUGUGGACGGGACAGGCGGUGGCGCCGCCAAAGAGACUGCGGAAGGCCGAAAGUGGACCGACGGCGCCGUCGAUGUCAGCAGCGCACUCAACAUGGCGGACACGACAGUUUUCGAGGGGUGCGUGUUCACGGAUAACACCACGGCGAACGGCGGCGGCGACGUGGUAGCGAUGGAGGACGGCUGCGCAACGUUUCGCGAGAACGUCUUCUGCGGAACCGUCGUGGGAAAGACGGGUGGUGUCGCCUGCUUCACGCAGAACAGCUUCAUCGCCUUGUCGGAUGGCAAUGCCGCUACCCUUGCGGGGGUGGCGCACGAUUUGUCGCCCUGCUCAGGCGCUGCCAACAGCGCCGCUGCUGCAGUCGUCAUUCAGGAGGGUGGUCGCAUUGUCGCGGACCAAAAUACAAUCGUGCAUCGCAAAGUUGGUGUGAAGUGCCUGCCUGGUGCGGAGGGCGUUGCGACAGACAACCGCAUUGUGCAAUGCGUGACGGGAUUGGUGCUCGCGCCCUUCAAUCGCACAGGCGUAAACAAGAACCGGGUGCUCGACAGCGUGGAUUGUGGCGCGGUCGCCUACGGCGGUCGAAUGGAAGACAAUACGAUCAUCAAGGCCCCUACGGGGAUCCUUGUGCAGCACUCCUCCGCCUACAAGGGCAUCAAUGCAGUCCCAUCGCACAAGCGCGACGCGCUGGGGUUCCUCUGCAUCGGCAACAGAAUUGUCGACUGCGCCAAGAGUGGUCUCCUCAUCACCACCGCCGGCGUCUUCGACGGCAACAGCGUGUCGCGCUGCAAGAGCGGCAUCCACAUCGUCUCGCCUCUUAACGGUGGGCCCGCCGGCUCGUGCCCGGUGAUCAAAAACUGCAGCGUCUAUGACAACGGCGUGGGGGUGUGCAUGGAGCACGAGUCUGAGUCGGCGGUGCGGGACAACGACAUCUUUGAUAAUGAGACGGUCGGCUUGCUCGUCGCCGCGACGGCGACAGGGACUCUGCAGGACAACCGCAUCUCGUCCCCCGCCGAACAGGGUGCGGCGGAGAUGGCGGUGGAGUCGUCUUUGACGUCGUUCGGCAACAUCAUCCGAAACCAGUUCUCGCCGGCCUUCCAGCGCGGCACACGAGCGAGCCGCGCAAAGGAUUACCAAGUUGCGCAGGCAAACCUCGAUCGGGAGCUGCGAGACCUGGACGGCACUGUCGAGCAGGCGCAUCACAUCAUGGAGGCUGUCUCAAGCGGCUUGUGGUCGCUUGAGCAGGAACUUGUCAACAUGCACUCGAAAUCCAUCGCGAGCUUCACGACAGUGAUGGCGGGGCCGGCAGGGCGCGCCCUGCGCGUUGCCAGCGCGCGGGCUGACACGACGACGGCUGCCGUUGGCUCCGACAAGAAAGAUGACCGCCCCACUCCGGGUAACCCAUCUACCAGCAAUGCCAAGAGCAUUUUAGGGAGUGGGAACAGCGUCACCGGUGCCGCGGCAUCGCGCAAGCGCUCCCUAGGCUCAGUCGGGCGAUGGACCACUGGUGCCAGCAGCAGCCGCGCCUCUGCCGUUUCGAUGGGCAUACGCAAGCAGUCUAAGGUGGGUUUGUCUACGAAGGCCGACGCCGGCGGAAAGGCCACGCGCAGCGCCGCUUCGGCGGACCCAAUGAAGGUUCUUGUCCACGUCUUCACUAGCGCCGCGACGAGUUCAGGCGCGGACGCGGUUGGUCAGGCAAUCACUGGCGUACUUGCCAAGGCGCCUCUCUCCAAGUACAACUUUAUUUCUACCAUCUCCACCUCGACGUCACAGCUGCGGCGGCUGCUCGGUGGCCCCCAACCCAUGCGGCCGUUUCUCUGCGUGGUCGUCGUCGACGCAAACUUUGACCACUUUAGCCCGUCAGACCACGACGCGCUCAAGCAGCUGUACAAGAGCGCUUGCGUUGACCGUCUCACCACGCACCAGGGAGCGACCGAGGCUGCCGGCAGAAACUCUCAGGAGGUGUCGAGCCUCUUUUACACUGUUCUACCCAGCAGUUUCUGCAAGAAGGACGAGGCAAGCCCGAGUGGGGACGGUGCCAUGAGCAUGGAGGCUUAUGCGGCACCCCACCAUCCGUUCACCUACACCGCCUCCGUAGAAGAGGUGCUUGACGUCCUGCAUGACCGAAUCAGCCAGGACAUGAAUGUGUCCACCGCAUCAGCAGCAAACUGCCUUUCGCGAAGCAUCACCUUGCAGGACGUCCCAGUCUCUGUCACAGAAAGCACGGUCGACAACCCCCCGAUCGAUGACGACAGCCGUAGCCGCAGUGCGUCUGUAAGUGGCGGGUGCUCUGCCCUCACCUGUGAGAGCCGCAGAGGGUCCACUCUCCUCACAGUCGAACACGUGAGCGCCCUUUUCUCGAAGCUUACACCCGAGGCUCUUGGCUUGGAACCCUCGAAGGACGCGCGAAACAUGAAGAGGCGGAAGUCGUCUGUGGUACUCAGUUUCCAGGGGGAGGGCGAUGUCGGUGAACUCGAUCAUACGAAACGAAGCGGAGGGGGAUCGGUGCAAUACCGAAGAGGCUCCACUGCCUCCAAGGCCGCUGGCCAAGGCGCGCCGGCUGGCCGUCGCCGAUCCUCCGUCGUCGGUUCGAAGAGCGGGCGCCGCACCUCAGUGGCUUCAAAGAAGAGCUGA